AUGGUUAAACGAAAUACGACAAAUACUGGAAAUCCUAAUAAUGGUUAUCAAUCAAGUAUUUUAUCAUUCUUUACACCAUCAAGGAAAGGUGAAAUAACUGCUAAGAAUACCUUACAGACUAUGGACUGUGAAGUGGAUUCAAGUUCUAGGGAUUUAACACCACAGAUAAAUAUGCAAAAUAGUGUAGAAGUAAAUAAUUGUGUGGAAAUAUUGGAUAAUUUGGAAUUAUUUUCAGCAGAACGAAGUAUUCCUACAACGUGUGAAACUACUCCAAUAACGAGCACAUCUGUAAAGCUAAAUCCUAUAAAUAGUAGUGGAAGGAUAAGGAAAAUAUGCGAUGAUGAUGAUGACGAAUUUUUAAUUAAGAAAAUCUGUAGACAGUCAUGUUUAUAUAAGGAAGAUAAUGAGAUAAAUAAAGGAAUUCCCGACCUUGAUAACUUAUUAUAUGAAAUGAAUGAUGAAGAAUCAAAUGAGUUAAUUAUUGAUUCAAGCAUUGAAAUAAAUAAAUAUAAUAAAUUAGGUAUGAAUCUUCCAGAUAUUAAGUCUCUAAACAAAGAUUUACCUAAAAAUAUUGAUAUGGAGAGAGAUGACUUUAAUGAGGAUGAGGAGGUUGCAAAAAAACUUCUAAGUACUACUGCUGCCCAAGGAAGUCAAUUUUUUAGAGAAUAUGUGGAAUUGAUUAUUCAAUAUGGACGUCAGUUCUCUUUUCCACCAUGGCUUCAAUUAACGAAAAUUAAAGAUUCUAAUGGAAGAUAUCCAACAGAUCCAAAUUAUAAUCCAUCUACAGUUUGGGUACCAGAUUCAAAUAGUAAACUUGCUAAAGAAGAGAAGCAUCAUUUUACUCCAGCAAUGCAACAAUAUUGGGAAUUAAAGAAAGAUCACUUCGAUAAACUUGUAUUUUUUAAAAUUGGUAAAUUUUAUGAAUUAUUUUAUAUUGAUGCUUGUUUAUCUCAAAGAUUAUGUGAUUUACGUUGGAUGAGUGGAGAUGGGAAACCUCAUGUUGGAUUUCCAGAGGCAGCUUUACAUGCAUAUGCUAAUAAACUGGUUAAUUAUGGAUAUCGCGUAGUAGUAGUUGAACAGAUGGAAACUCCAAAAGAAUUAGAAGAAAGAAAUAAAACUACAUCUGGUAUUAAAAAAGAUAAGGCAGUAAAAAGAGGUGUUAAUGAAUUUUUUACAAAUGGGACUUUAGUCAGACCCAAUAUGCUUAAUGAUAUGGCAAGAAUCCUUAUGACUAUAUACGUGUUUUCAAAGGUGAAUGAUGAAGCUCCAGAUAACAUUAUUAAUGAAAUAGGAAUUGUUUGUGUGGAUAUUACAACUGGUAAAAGUGAAUUAUCUAUUUUAAAAGAAAUAGGUGAUCAUUUUCCUAUGGUAAAGACACUUGUAACGCAAGUACAGCCUAGAGAAGUUGUCUAUCUAUCUGGAAAUCUUCCAUUGCCUAUUUUGAGAUAUUUAAAAAAUACUACUCCUACAAUACAAUUGACUUCAUUUAGAGAUUUUAUGGAACCAAUUCUUGCAUCUAAAGAUAUUAUAGAACACUUUCAACGUGUAAAUGUUGAGAUACCAACUAUAAUUAAUGAAUUAUGUACUAAGUCUACAGCAUUAUGUACAGCAUUAUCUGGGACAUUAAAUUAUUUAAAAUCAAUUUUAUUAUGUGAUAGAUUUAUUCUGACUGGGAAUUUCCAACAAUACAACCCAGAUGAAAAGCAAUACCUCUUAUUAGAUGCUGGGGCUCUUAAAGAUUUAGAACUUUUACAAACACAACAAGGUGAUGAGAAAAAUUCUUUAUUUGGGUUUUUAAAACAUACUUCUACCCCUGGUGGUACACGUCUUCUCAGAAAGUGGCUUUCUCAUCCAUUAACUAAUGCAGAUAGAAUAAAUGAGCGUCUAGAUUGUGUUGAAUGGUUUAUUAAUCACCCUAAUGUACUAUUUAAUUUUUGCCGAGAACUUAAAGCAAUAUCUCCUAAUGGUAAUGGUUCACCUGGUUCAAAUCUUGAUCUUGAGCGCAUUAUAAAUAGAAUAACAACUGGAGCUCUACAAAAUACUAGGGGUGCUAUUUUUUUCGUAAAUGUUAUCCAAAAAAAGAUUGUGGACUUUCUUAAUUCUCUGGAAAUCUUUGAAAAAGUUCUCGAAUGCAUUAGAUCCAAUUUUGGAGAUAUUGAAUUACGAAAAACUAUGCCCACUUUACUUUUAGCUUUAACUGGUGUGAAUAAUUUACAAUGUGAAGAAAAAGCAACUGAACCUUAUCUUGGAGGCUUUUUACCAGAAAUAUCCGGAAUUGUAGAAAUAUUAAGAUCUUGGUUUGUUAAAGAUAUUAAUAAUGAAUGGAUACCAGCAUCUGGAAAUUAUGAUUUGUAUGAUUUAAAUUUGUCUUUAAUUAAUGAAACCAAGGAUAAACUUAAUUCUGAAUUGGAACUAAUUAGCUCUAAAUUAAAUAAUACAACUAUUAAGUUUGUUCAUAUGAAAUAUCGCUAUGAAGUAGAGUGUCCUGAUAAUAUUCCAAGAUCUAAACUUCCGAAAUUGGAGAUAACAUCAUCAAAAAAAGGUUUUAUUCGUUUUCACACUGAUAAAAUUAAAGAUUUAAUAUAUGAAUUGGAAUAUAGAGAAGAACAAUUGCAAAAUAGUUUAUUUCCAUAUAUUCAGGAAGCAUGUAAGAUGUUCCACUCUCAUUUCUCUUCAUUUUCUGCUAUUUCCGAUUCACUUUCACAAUUAGAUGUACUUAUUGCUUUAUCUAUUGUGUCAAUGGAUACAACUGAUGGCCCUUUUUGUAGACCAACUUUUUUGGAAGAUUCAGGGAAAUCAACUUUAGAACUUACUAAAUGCAGACAUCCUGUAGUUGCACGGCUUAAUAGUGGUUUUGUAGAUAAUGAUAUAUUUUUCAAUACUAGAGAUGUGCAUGCUUCAUGUAUAUUAGUUACUGGUCCCAAUAUGGGCGGUAAGUCGACUGUGUUGCGCCAGACAUGCAUUGCUGUAAUAAUGGCUCAUAUUGGCUGCUUUGUACCUGCUUCUAAAUGUUCUCUAACUUUAGUAGAUAGGAUUUUCACAAGAAUUGGAGCUUAUGAUUCUAUAUUAGAAGCGAAAAGUACUUUUUUGGUGGAAUUGGAAGAAACUGCAACUAUUCUAAAGCAUGCUACAAGAAAUUCCCUUGUUGUAGUGGAUGAACUGGGACGUGGUACUUCAACUUUUGAUGGGACUGCUAUUUGUGUAGCUACUUUAGAAUAUAUAUCACAUCAUAUUCAAUGUAGAUGUUUAUUCUCAACUCACUUGCAUUUGCUUUGCCAAGAAUUUAGCGAGGAUCCUAGUAUUAUUGCCUUUCAUAUGGAUCUGAAAUUGAGCCAAGAUACUAAAACAAUAACAUUUUUAUAUAAAUUUGUCCGUGGAAUAUGCCCUAAAUCUUAUGGUAUGAAUGUCGCACAAUUGGCUGGUAUUCCAGCCGAAGUUAUAGAUAAAGCAGUGAAUUUAGCAGGUGAGGUAGAACUCUGUACAAAUAUUUUAAGACAUAUAGCUUAUGUAAGAGUUUUAUUACUGAAUAUUAUGGAUUUGGAUCCAUGUGAAGCUUAUAAGUUAUUAAGUCUGAAGGAAAACAAGCUUUAUGAAGACUUGAAUAACUGCUCUCAACAUCAAGUUGUGAUCUAA